CCUUGGUAUAAUUAGCGUGACUGCACAGCUAACAGUUGAGGCGUCUUGUUAACCUAAAAGAGCAGGUUGCGUCAUAUUAUAAAAAGAUAACGCUCCAUCGAGAAUGGCCGGCAGUGCAGGAGAGUGGUGUCUGAUGGAGAGCGACCCAGGGGUCUUCACGGAGCUCAUUAAGGGUUUUGGCUGCAAAGGAGCCCAAGUUGAGGAGAUAUGGAGCAUGGAGCCCGAGAACUUUGACAACUUGAAACCAGUGCAUGGGUUGAUUUUCCUAUUCAAGUGGCAACCUGGUGAGGAGCCUGCAGGAUCAAUUGUCCAGGAUUCAAGACUGGAUCACAUCUUCUUUGCCAAACAGGUCAUUAACAAUGCUUGUGCCACCCAGGCGAUAGUGAGUGUUCUGCUCAACUGCACCCACCCCGACAUGCUACUUGGAGACACGCUGACGGAGUUCAGGGAGUUUUCACAAAGUUUCGACGCAGCUAUGAAAGGUUUGGCUCUCAGCAACUCUGAAGUGAUCCGACAAGUUCACAACGGCUUUGCCAGACAGCAGAUGUUCGAAUUUGACGCAAAGUCGUCAGCGAAAGACGAGGAUGCCUUUCAUUUUGUGAGCUAUGUCCCCGUCAACGGCAGACUGUACGAGCUGGACGGACUUCGGGAAGGACCUAUUGACCUCGGUGCGUGCAACCAGGACGACUGGAUCAGCGCAGUCCGCCCAGUGAUCGAGAAAAGGAUACAGAAGUACAGCGAAGGAGAGAUCCGUUUCAACCUAAUGGCCAUCGUGUCGGACAGAAAGAUGAUAUACGAACGGAAAAUUGCAGAGCUCCAGACUCAGCUCACCGAGGACGAACCAAUGGACACCGACCAGAGCAGCACGUUUCUGAGCUCCAUUCAGUCCGAGAUCGCCAAGUACCAGCUCCUUAUUGAAGAGGAGAACCAGAAGCUUAAAAGAUAUAAAAUUGAAAACAUUCGACGAAAGCACAACUACCUUCCUUUCAUCAUGGAGUUGCUGAAGACGCUGGCAGAGUACCAGCAGUUGAUACCACUGGUGGAGAAGGCGAAAGAGAAACAAAGCGCCAAAAAAGCCCAGGAAGCCAAGUGAACAACGACCCCUCACUUCACCAGAGAAGCCUCUCAUCUCACACACACACACACACACACACACACACACACACACACACACACACACACACACACACACGCGCGCACACACACCUGCCUAUGUACACACACACACACGCUGUUGAGUUCUUGUGUUUGCGCUUCAUUGUUUGUAGAACUCGAAACAGCCUAGAUGGAAAGGACGCUGGAUAACUUGACUCGUUUUUUGUUUUUUAUUUUGUUGCUCGACGACGAGUGCUUUUUAAGUUGUGAAUCUUAAAAUGAAAAAUAAACACAUGAGUAGAACAAAUCACGCACUGAUUUUGAGGUCGGUUGAAGAAUGAUGAAGAAUACCCGAAGGUCAAACUCACGCAUCUAAAGUUUAUUUCCUUCACCACAAAUCCAAGUUCUUUUAAUCUAAAAACCAGCAGGUUUUCCCCAACAGUCAGUCAAUACGCCAACAGAUUGUGAGGAAGUGACAUAAAAUCAGAAAACAUCGGAUCAUAUCAGAACCGCACCACAUGCCAGUCAAUCUAAACCCAGUUUGCAAAUGGAAUCAGAGUUUAAAGCUCAGCCCUUUGCUGCUUUUGCCAUGUUUUCAGUGGUGUAAAACACUUGUUUUUGAACAUCUGAAGAGUGCUAUAAGAAUAAAGAUUUAUUGAUUGAUAAAACAAACAACAACAUGAUCAAACUCAUCCAACGGCGUCCACACAGGGAUGAAAAAACACAGUCUGACUCCUCUCUCGGCAGCAAAGCGAGCCAAACAGCCACGCCUGGAAGUGAUCCUCCUCAUGAGGGCUCUCGACGCACCCACCGCGCCCAGCUUGUCAGUGCGCCCUCCUGUGUUUCCUCCCCCAACACCCAGCAUGACUCAAAACUCAGAACAAUGUGCAACAAGCCUAAUCCAUUCCAAACUUCCCAACACACACACACACACACACACACACGUGUCCAUGAAUGCGUCCAUCCAGACCUCCUCAGUCACUCCUGUUGCCCUCGAGCCACGCAGCAGAUCGCGUGUCGCCGGCUGCAUUGACUGGUGAGAGGUGAGAGUGAACCAUCCUAACAUUGCGGACCCACAGUGCAGGUGAAGCAGAGAAACUGUCCGGAGGGAAAAACAAACGGUGUGUGUUCAUCAGCUCGUAAUGCAUGUUUCCAGGAAAGCUGGUCUGUCUUAUUUUCAUAAUAAAACGUAUUGAUGUUUG